AUGGGACUCUGUAUUACCAAACAAUCCAUAAAAUUACAAGACACCAAGUCAGAAAGUGAUGAAGCGACGAAAAUUAAAGCGAUGAAAAGACAAAUUUUGGUUAAUAAAGCACGGAGAGCCCCAAUACUAAGACUGGAUGAUAACGAUCUCUAUAAAAGAAGGCAACUGACGAGAAUAACAGAGCCAGAUGCUUUAUUCCUGAUCUUUAUUUUUGUGUAGAUUCUGAUGUAAUAAAAUGCUUAUUUUUAUAAUAAAAGUUAUUUUUUUAAAAAAAAUUGAAUUAUUAGAGAGCUUAAUAAGGCAUAAAUUAUGUUUCAAAAUCAAAUGAGCCUGUAUAG